AUGGGGGGACCAAUGUGUGCAAUCCUUCAUCUCGACGUGGUGCCCGUCCCACCCCUCUACCUCCCUGCUCCAGCAGAGAUGGAAGGAAUGGGAGAAAGGCUGGGGAUUUCAGGGGCUUACAUCAGCAUCCAGAGAGGAGGCAGUUCAGCUAAUGGGGAGGCAGCCAGGAGGGCUACAGUAGUGAAACACCAGUGUCCCAGCUGGAAGGCUGGACCGGUGGGGCUGGGCCAGGGUGAGGAGUUUGGGAUUCCAGAGCAGCUAACUUACAGCCAAGAGGUGGCUAAACUUGGCAGGUGGGCUCUGGCUUCAGAUUAUCCCAGAGGCAGAGAGUGUAAUGAUGAAAACGAACUGGAGGAUGUAGGGAGCCAAGAAAACUCCAACUCUUCUCUUUAUGGGUCCUUUCAGCAAGACCAUCAGCUGGACAUGGCUGAGGAUGGACUCCGCAGAGCCAGCAGGGAUUUCCUAGAACUGCAGAGAACUGAGUACCCUGGUAAAGGCUGCCCACAAAGCGUGUAUAAGCGUCAGUUCAGUUCUGACUAUAGCAUCAGCCCCACAAGUCUAGGAGAGGCUCAGGGUGCAUCCGAAGGGUCACAUUAUGGGCAAGAGGAAGACAGGCUCUCAGGCCACUUUGACAUCAGCCUGUACCCCACCAGUGCCCCCACUGGGCAUAACCUGAGAGCAGGUUCUGUGGGAUCAGCAGACAGCAUGCCCAAGAGGAUUGGUCAGUUUGGCGACAGCUCGGAGUAUCCCACCAGUGCUCCUGCCAACCUGAAAUCAGGUUCUGUGGGAUCGGCAGACAGCGUGCCCGAGAGCAUCGAUCUGUUUGGCGACAGCUUGGGGUACCCCUUUGAGUCAGAGACAGCUUCAUCUUUGGAUGAUGUCCACCUGAGGAGUCCCCGAGUUGAGUCCCCCCAGGACCACUUCCUAAGCCCUCUGUCCUCCGAGGGACAGCAGCAUCCUUCAAGUGCCGAUGACAAGAUGAACUCUCAUUCUUCUCAUGAAGAGAGCUCCGGUAGCCUUAUGGGAGCUGUCACCCAGACAGGGCUUAUAUCCCCUCAGGACUUCUCAAACUCUAACGCCCAGAUCCCCCACAGCCCCGGCUAUAAGUUUGGGAGGGAGGGGCCCAUUUCUUCCCCUUUUCGAUAUAGGGGAACCCAGCCCUUGGACCAAAUUCAAAAACCCAAGAAGUCAAUGCUUCAUUCCCAAUUCAGUGAUUCAUUCUGCAACUUCAGUCCCCCGAAAAAUAGCACCCCAAAAGGGCUGAACCAGUCCAGGACUCCCAAUUCAGGGGCCGUGCCUGCCCACUCCUCAUCUGAAAUCUCCAAGUAUGGCAGGGGGCAGCUGAACUACCCAUUGCCUGAUUUCUCUAAGGUGGAGGCCAAAGUACGAUUCCCUAAAGAUGAGGAGAGCUACCGCCCUCCCAAGGGAAGGGGCCGCUCCAGGCAGCUCCAAGGAUCUACCAGACCUCUGGUCUUCAAGUCCCCUGCUGAGAUUGUCCGGGAGGUGCUGCUCAGCAGUGGGGAUGGAUCCUCUCAGAAGACCUCUUUUCCUUCCUAUCCCGUGGCCAAGGUGCCCCAGGAAUUCAGGACACCUCAGCAGGCUACAGAGCUGGUGCAGCAGCUGCAGGAGGACUACCACAAACUGCUCACCAAAUACGCAGAGGCCGAGAACACCAUCGACCAGCUGCGGCUUGGAGCCAAGGUGAACUUGUACUCGGAUCCGCCCAAGCCCAGCCGUGGCAUUCAGAUGGGGACCAUGCCCCUUGGGACCAAGGUCAUGUCCUUCACCAUUCCCCAGGCGAGGGUGGCAGAAUGGCAGUCAACCCCCAGCGCUGGCUCACGGACUUUGUUGGACCCACAACUAUUAGCAACUCGAGGUGAUCUGAUUCCACCCACAGCUGCCUCAUACCCUGAGGGCCUACUGACAGAUGGCCGUGGUACCUCCACUCUGAGGCCAUCCCUGGGAGAUCGUCUGACCCAGACACUGACCAAUGAGGUGGUCAAGUUCCUAGCACAGGUGGAAUCUUUUGAAGGACUAGUCCAAGAAGGAAGGUUGGUACCUCAGGAUCAGCUCCAGGGCUUCUGGAGGCUGAAGGAGGAGCAGGAUGCUUUGGAGAGAGCUUUUCUCUGGGCACGAGGAGAGCAUAGACGUGCGCAACAGCUCCAGGCAUCCGAGAUACCUCCUGGUGAAUUUGAUCCUAACAGGGAAGUGGAAGGAGAGAUAUUUCGGCUGGGAAUGCGCCUGGAAGAGCUCAUGGAUGAGAUAGACGACUUAGGACCUAACCAGCAAUCUCCGAGGACCCUUCCACAGGAAAAAUCCCGUGCCAGCUCUGUAGCUUCACCCAUAUCAGAUGUGCCAACUCUAUCCCCUGCUCUAUCAGCUCAAGCCCCCAUGCCAACAGCCCGUACCCCCUACCCUGAGAUCUCAGCUAUCCAGAAUGACCACACUUUUCUGUGUAGAACAGAUGCCGAAGUGAGCUCAGCCAGUGGUGAGUCAGAAGAUGAGAGCCCAGGACUCCAAGAGCCACUUCAGUACAAGCAAGACCAGAUGGAGAAAGAUUUCCAUAGCCUUAUGGCCCAAUACCAGAGUAUCAAGUCAUUCCCUGAUGGUGCAAAGUUGGAAGAGGACCAGGAAGAAAAGGAUUGCACCCAGGAAGUUGAUGGGCCAAUUUCUGGGAAUCCCAAAGCAUUUGAACUCGGAUCAAGGACAGAACAAGAGGAAGAGAUGCAGCUGAACCCUCUCAAGGAAAUGAAUAUGGAGCAGAGGAAAUCGAUCCAGCCCCCGGAGCUCCAGUCAUCACCGGGGAAUGGUGGGCCACAGCUGGGUGGGCUUCCUCAGAGUCUGAUUGCUCAGACCCACCCACCUGCUGCUCCCAAACUCACCCCGCCAGUCUCAGAACAAAAGCAGCCACCCUAUCACCAGAGCAGCAUCACCAGUUUGACUGGCAGUGGUGUUUCAGGCUCUUUGGCCCUUCAGAAGCCUUUCCAUUCAGCCAGUGGUACCCCUCAGCUGACGAGAAACUUUGAUGCGGGCCAGUACAAGGAGCACCGGAUAGUGUCCCCAGGAACUGACAGUGGCUUUAUGGGAUCUGAAACCAGCAGGGUAUCUCCAAUAACCCAGACUCCAGAGCACCGACUUUCCCAUGCCAGUGUGUCUUUUGGUACCAGUGACCUGAGGAGAUUACCCCAGUCAUCUACAGCAUGUCUACCCCAAGCUCCACCUUCUCACCGUCCAGGAAGGGGGGACCAGCUUGUCAUUGGAGUAUCCUCUGGGCUUAGUACAUCAGGGACCCAUGCCCAAAGGUCUGACCCCAUGUCAGUGACUCCCCCAAAGAAGUGGACAAAAAGCUUCCGCCACAAAGUGGGACCAGGCACAAAGAUGGCUGACUUGGAUGGUGAGGCCCAUGAUGGGGUCCGUGAAGGGAAUUCCCACAGCAGAGAUGAUGACCGGUCUCCUGCUCCCACCCCUUCUGAUGAAGCACAUCAGGACCCAGCACAAGACCCACUCAACAAUCUCAUCUCCCGGGAAAUGAGAGACCAAGCCAUCCGAGCCCUACAACAAGAAGUGACCCGGCUCCGAGAGAAGAUAGAGGCCAGCUUAAACAACCCAUCUCAGGACAGCUCAAGUCAUAGCUUACAGCAAGCUACCAGGUCCCGGAGCAAGUUUGCAAAGGACUCCUUGAUUUCUGGGGAAUCUUCCCACACUAGCAAAUAUGUAGAGAGAUGCCAGGGUGAUCGCGGAGAUACGGCCCAAAAUAAUAGGACAGUAAGAUUGCGGAUGAGAUCCUCCUCUGUGCCUCGGGAAGGGCCCCAACCAAUCCAAAGUUCUGAAUCAGAACAGUCUGGAUCCAGGAUCCAGGCUGAGGAGAGCAGAGCUGGAGAGCAGAGCAGAAGAGAAGGCUCCAGAGGGAAGCAAAAAGGCACAAUCUGUUUCUUGGGCCACUACACAGGUCACGAAUAUUCUGUCACAUCCUCCCAGCACAACCAGACAGACAACAAUUCUCUCUCUUGCUCCUGCUGUCACUCAGUGAGGAAGAAAAUUUCUGAUAAUGCUCCCUGCAAAGAUUCAGAGAAAACAUUUCCCCGUGACAGCCUCAAGAAGACCCAGUGUCCAAUGUGUCAUAGACCCAGGAGUCCCACAGAGAGAGGCAAGGAGCCCUCUGGGAUAGACAAGAGCACACAAAAGGGAACAUCUCUAAGUUCUGGCCCGAUGAUUCGCAAGCCUGAGCAGCGACAGCAGCAAUCAGCUCCUCCAUCGCUUUCUCAGCCCCCCGCAGUGUGGUACCUCGCAUCUCCGCUCCAGGCUCCGGCGGGGGCGGCCGUCGCUUAUGUCCCGUCGGUUCCGGUGGUGCCUUAUUCACCCUCCAGACUGUACUAUUCUCCAGCAGCACCUACCUCAGCCUCCCCCCCUCCACAUUACCCCAGUGGUAAAAAGCCAGCCGAGGUGAGACCCUUGACUCAGAACCGAGGAACUCCGACUCCAACCGCAGGUCACCGUGGCUCCUCGGAGUUGGAUCUCAUUGACUUGAAUCACCUCAGCCAGUCCCUGAGCCAAGCCGUGGAAGCAGCCAGAAAUGUGGAGCUCACCACCAAGCAGAUGACCCGGUCUCUGUCCGCUGACCUGCACAGAGCCCGGGGUCUGAGGGGAUCCUGCCUCUUUUGACAGGAACUGACCUAACCGAGGAGGGGGUAAGAGGGCAGGGCAUCUGACCUGUUUCAUCUAGCAUGGUAAACUUCUUGGAAGAGCAAACACAUGUUCUGGAAAUAAUAGGGGAAAAUCCCUCAGUUGGAAGCUAAAUUGGCAGCAGAUGGCUGGCUUAUUUUUUUUUAACUUUUGGGGGUGGGGGUCUUUUAAUGAGAGAACAGUAUUUUUCCAAAUAAAACAGAGAAUUCUGGGGCUUUCUGUCAGAAGUCAGUCACCAGCAGUGAUGCUGAGAAUGAACUCUGUACACAAGGAACUCUGGGAAUAGCCUUUCCUUCCAAACUUGUACUUUCCUGCCUCCAGCUAAUGAUGCCUUUUUUUUAAAGGCCAAGCUGCCUUGUCUCUGGUCUCCACGAGGAGUCUGUAUGAGUCCUUCAAGAGUCAAGGAGAAGAGGGGGCUUGCAAGGGGCGGAUGUGUAUGGAGAAAGGAAGUGUUUGGGAGGAUGUAGCCAUUGCCAACUCCUGCAGAGACAAAAGCUGUUUAAGGAAAAAAGGGCGCUUUGCUGGCAGCUUCUGCACUAUUUUUGGAGUCUGGUUGGGCAGAGGCCUCGGGAUUUUCAAGGCAGCAGACACUCAACCUUCAGUUUUUGCCAGAAAGAAGAGCUUCCCCAUCAGUCUAUUUGGAGCCAGUGUUUCAGAAGUCUUUUUUUUUCCUUCUGCAAGGAUUCCUCCUGGUACCUCCUCCUAUACCUUCCCCCUUCCUAUGGAUUUAUUUGGCAUUUAUCUGAUUGGAACUGAGCCAGUUCCUAAGGGUUUUUGGGUACAGACUGUUGCACUGAGGGAUCCCAUAGUCCCCUGCAUUAAUGCUUACCUCAGCAUUCCUAGAAUGCAUAGCAUAGAUGGCAUUUGUAUAUUUGAAGUAUUUUUAAACCUAAUUUUAAUUCCAAAGGUUAAUGAAGAAAAAUGAAUGCUGAUUUUUUUUAAAGAAAAAACAAAACAAAUAAAAAUGUGUCUGGUGUGUUUUGUCAUCUUGAUUUCCUAAGUUAUGAUUGCACUGAAAAUAGAGGCAAAGCAAGGGA